AUGCACUCCCUAGCACUCUUGGCUCUUCUCCCCCUGGCGCUCGCCGCCCCGGCAAAACGCGCCCAGCCGGCGCCGAUCAUCCAGCCGCGUGGUGCCCAAGUCCUUCCCGGCAAGUACAUUGUCAAGUUCAAGCAGGGGACCCCCAUCGACGAGACGGUCAACAACCUGCCCGUCGAGCCCGACCACAUCUACGAUGGUGGCGCCUUCACCGGCUUUGCGUCCACUCUGGGGGCCGAUACUCUUUCGGACCUGCAGAAUCACCCUGAGGUUGAGUACAUUGAGCAGGAUGCCGUCGUGAGCAUCAACUCCUAUGUGUCGCAGACGAAUGCUCCCUGGGGCAUCGCCCGCAUCAGCCACCGCUCCAAGGGCAGCACAACCUACGUCUACGACGAUAGUGCCGGUGCCGGAACAUGCGCCUAUAUCAUCGACACUGGCAUCUACACAGCCCACUCCAACUUUGGCGGCCGCGCCACCUGGCUCGAGAACUUCACGGGUGACGGCGACGACACCGACGGCAACGGCCACGGCACUCACGUCGCCGGUACCAUCGGUAGCACCACCUAUGGCGUAGCCAAGAAGACCAAGCUCUACGCCGUCAAGGUCCUCCAGGCCAAUGGCUCCGGCACCACCUCCGGUGUCAUCGCCGGCAUGAACUAUGUCGCCAGCGAUGCCCAGACGCGGUCCUGCCCCAACGGCACCGUCGCCAACAUGUCCCUCGGCGGCUCCCGCUCGACGGCCAUGAACAGCGCCGCCGCCAACAUGAUCACCUCGGGCGUCUUCCUGGCCGUCGCCGCCGGUAACGACAACACCGACGCCUCGUCCUUCUCGCCCGCCUCGGAGCCGACCGUCUGCACCGUCGGCGCCACCGACAUCAACGACCGCCGCUCCAGCUUCUCCAACUACGGCUCCGUCGUCGAUAUCUUUGCUCCCGGCACCAACAUCUUGAGCACCUGGAACUCGGGCACCACCUCCACUAACACCAUCAGCGGCACGAGCAUGGCCACCCCCCAUAUCACUGGUCUCGGUGCCUACCUGCUCACCCUGUUCGGCAAGAAGAGCCCGCAGGCCCUGUGCUCCUACAUGCAGACCCUUGCCAGCUCUGGUGUCCUGACCAGCAUCCCUAGCGGUACCAAGAACCUCCUCGCCUUUAAUGGUAACCCCUCUGGUUAA